UUCUUUUUCGAAGUUAAGGUUUUUCCAGUAAACUGAAGAAACUGUUUUUUCUCUGUACUUUCGACAUCACUUCUCAUGUCGUUAUCUGCAGAAAGCGAAGCCCCAUCGUUUCGCGGUUCGGAACCUCUCAAUAAUCUUCAAAGAAUUCUCCAAUCAUGCCCUAAAUUGGCCGAAGUUGGAGAUUCUAAUGAGUAUCAAAACACCAUCUCCGAGCUUGUCGGUUUCCUUGAUUCUUUAUUGGAUGCUGCUCUGUCUGAUCCAGACAAUGAAUAUGAAGAAAACAGUGCGUUUGAAGCUCUGUCCGAGAUUCAUCAAUACAUUGGUUCUCCGUCUCUUGACCAGGAAGUUGUUGAUGCUCUUUCCUUUGAACUGCCAAAGACUGUUUCGAAAUUUGCUGGCAUUUCAAGAAAGUUUUUGGACAUGGCAAUUAGCAUCAUCGAUCAAUUUAUAGUGAAAUGUGGUCCAAGGGAUAUGCUUUCAAUUAUCUGUGAUACAUUAGGUUACUCAAGUAAGGUGACCAACGCUGCCAGUUACAUUGUCCCUCCUUUAUCAGGGCUCUCAAAGGUCCUUAUUUCCAUCCGGAGGCGUCACUUUGAGCAAGUAAAAGAAACCGUUCCUAUAAUUCUUAAUGUUUUGAAGGCUGUAUGUUUGGAGUCGGAUGAAGAAGAACUUGAUAAUGUCUUUGACAGAGCUGUUGAGAUUGCAAAUUCUAUAUAUGAAGUUUGCAACAAGUUGGUGGAUAAUGCUGCAAGUGAGAAACUCCGAGCUCUCCUUGGUUUAUAUGUCCUGCAAUGCUUGGCUCUUGUUUCAGCUAGGAUAGACUACAAAGCUUCCGGUUGUCAUUCAUUAGUAUCACAACUAUCACGAAUUUCAUCCUAUUGUGGUUUGUCUUAUCUCAGUCUAGUAACAACUUAUGACGCAGAGGCUGUGGCUAGCACCGUUUUUGGAGAAAAUAAAGAUGAUUGUAUGGGCUGUUUAUCUCAUGUCAAGCAUGGUGCCGCUCUAUCAGUUAUUUGGGGGCAUGUCUCAGAGGAGGUUGCUCAAGCUGCUAAAGAAGAUAUGAUUGCGAUCAAAGAUGAGCUACGGAAUAACCAGAUCAAAAGGUGGCAAGCAAUAGGAGUAUUAAAACUUGUACUUUCCUUUGUAAGUCUGCCGUGGGAGUUAAAGAAACAUACUAUCAACUUCUUGCUUUGCAUCACAGAUGGAGAUAUCCGUGGAAACUGCGAUGGUGGACAUUCCCAGUGGCCAUCUUAUAUGCCAAAUAUUUUCUCAGCUCUACAGGCUGUUAAAAUGGUCAUCAUGUAUGCUCCAGACCCAGAACUUAGAAAAAAUUCCUUUGCUGUGUUAAAAGGAGUACUUGCUGAUAUUCCAAUUUCUCAAAGACUUGACGUCUUGGAAGCGUUGAUUACAAAUACUGACUCUUCCUCCAUGAUUGCCAUUUUGGUCGAUCUUGUUCGGAGGGAAAUGCACACAGAAAUCUACAAUAGUACGUCAGUAGUAAAAGAUGUCCAACAGAUUAAUAGCAACAAACAUUCGAAUACAUCAUUUUGGACUCCCAGCAUCCUUGAAUUUGUGGAGCGGAUUCUAAGACCUCCACAGGGAGGACCUCCUUCCCUACCAGAUCAGAGUGACGCGGUGUUGUCAGCUCUCAACUUAUACAGAUUUGUAUUAAUGACAGAAUCUACAAGAAAGACAAACUACACCGGAGUCUUGUCGAGGAGCAGUUUACUCAAGGUCUACAAUGAAUGGCUGCUUCCUUUGCGUACCCUAGUGACAGUUAUCAUGGCAGAGAACAAGAAUGAUUAUGAUGAGCUUGCAGUUGACACUUUAUGCACCCUAAAUCCACUUGAGUUAGUGUUGUAUCGAUGCAUUGAGCUUGUAGAAGAGAAGCUAAAGCAAGUCACAUGAUAUUUCUUCUUGGCAAAUCUAUCUUUAAAAGAUUUUUUUGGUAUAUGUUAGUUUUGAUAGUAACCUGUUUUUUUGUUUGAUAGCAACAUGUGCCUGCUUGUCUAGAUAAUUUUAUUCAUAUAUUGUAUCUAAUCUUCAAUGACAUUCAUAUAGCUUCUAAUCAGCACCUUACUAAUAAUAAUUCAUUUCAUUUAUAUUGUUAAGCAACAGAAAUGAUAUAAUAAUUGGACUAAUGAGCUCCAUUAUCAGAAUUCAAACCCAUAAUCUACCUAACAUGUGAUCACUCUUAUUUUUUAACUCAAUAGUCAUAUCAUGCAUUCACACAAAGUUUCUAGCCACAUGAUUCUUAACUUCAUGUCUACUCCCAACUGCCCUUGUAUUAUACAUAUAUAUUAGACCACUGAUGUUUACUUAUGUUGUAUAGCAAUUUGUUUUUAAGACAAAUUGUUGGAUUUUUCUAAUCCUAGAUCUGUGACAUUGACGUUUGAGAUCACAUUUUCCUACCAAAUGGAAGAGGAAAAUAAUAUAGCAAAGGUAUUACGCAAUUGACUUGUACAAGAUAGAUCUCAAACGUCGUUAUAUACCAACGGCUAAAAUUUUAUACAAUUAUUUUAUUAUUUUUUGGGACAAAAAGGUACCUCUUUCUACAUUAUGCCAUACAAAUAAAACAUAAUAACAAA